ACAUGACGUUCCCUCGGUCUGGAGGAAGAGGGGAAGUCUCGGGCCCUGCUGCCCCGCCCUGAACCAGCACUGACUCGACGCUCUCAGCCUGAGUGCGCCACGGAGGGAACUCCAGCAAGGACUUUAUCAAGUCCAGACCAGCAGUCCAGAGUCCAAUGUCCUCCUCCUCCUCAGCCUGCCUGCCUGGCCUCUGAAUGUUUGCACCCGGACUCAGACUGCAUGAGGACUUGACGGCUGUGUGAGAUCCAGCACCUCCCAGUACGUCCGCACUGACAGAGAGACAGAAAGUUUGGAGGGUCUCAGAGAGACACCAUGUCCGGACAGACCAGCUUCGUGAGUCCCUUUCACAGACCUCAGCUCCUGGCUGCUGCUGCGACUCCUGCAGGGAAAGCCAAACUCACUCACCCCGGCAAGGCGAUCCUGGCAGGAGGGAUAGCUGGAGGCAUCGAGAUCUGCAUCACCUUCCCCACAGAGUACGUCAAAACACAGCUGCAGCUCGACGAGAAGGCCAAUCCUCCCAAAUACAAAGGCAUCGGAGACUGUGUGAAGCAGACGGUGAACGGUCAUGGGGUGAGGGGUCUUUACAGAGGGCUCAGCUCUCUGCUGUAUGGAUCUAUACCUAAAGCAGCUGUCAGAUUCGGGGUGUUUGAGUUCCUCAGUAAUAAGGUGCGAGAUGAAUCAGGUAAACUGGACAGCACAAGAGGAUUACUCUGCGGGCUCGGUGCUGGAGUCGCAGAAGCUGUGGUGGUGGUCUGUCCCAUGGAGACUGUGAAGGUCAAAUUCAUCCACGAUCAGACGUCAGCAAACCCAAAGUACAGAGGAUUCUUCCACGGGGUGAGGGAGAUUGUUAGAACUGAAGGGUUUAAAGGGACGUAUCAAGGCCUGACCGCCACCGUGUUGAAACAAGGCUCCAACCAGGCCAUCCGCUUCUACGUCAUGACCUCUCUGAGGAACUGGUACAAAGGGGAUGACCCAAACAAAGCCAUUAACCCUUUGUUGACUGGACUGUUUGGAGCUAUUGCCGGUGCAGCCAGUGUGUUUGGAAACACUCCCAUGGACGUCAUUAAGACCAGGAUGCAGGGUCUCGAAGCCAGCAAGUAUAAAAGCACGUGGGACUGUGCCGUCAAGAUCAUGAAGCACGAGGGACCAAAGGCGUUCUACAAAGGUACCGUUCCUCGGCUGGGUCGCGUGUGCAUGGACGUGGCCAUCGUCUUCAUCAUCUACGAGGAAGUGGUGAAGGUGCUGAACACUGUUUGGAAGACGGACUGAGACGGACGCCGUGGUGCUGCACAAGUCGUGAAAACUGAUCUCCUCAAACCCCCCCGCUUCUAGGUUCUAAUAUCUACCUCUGAGUGAUUUUCAGACAGAAACUAAGGGUUUGGUAUCUUCUUGAUUUUAUUUGUAACUCGGGAUUUACAAGUGGAAGCGUUACCUGCAUGAAGAAGCUCCAGACUGCAGAGUCAACGCUGACACAUGGUGUCUUUUAUGGAUUCCAGAGAGGGGAAGUUCCUUCAGAGCUCAGGGAAAAGGAACAAACAGCAUUUAUUUAGGAGUGAUUGAUGAGAGAUGGAAACAUUAUGAGGAAGGAGAAGUGAGUCUCACCUGUAGCGCUUUAAGUUCAGUUUACCCUGACAGAGAAGAGAACCCCGACCCGGUAUAAUGUGAUUUAGACACUGUAGAUGAAGAAGCUAUACUUGAACUGAGCAGUGAUUC